GCUGUGAGCUCCUUUCGGCGCUCGCGAAAGAGAAGGGGAACCAUGCUUUUGUAGCAGAGUUUAAUCCGAAUUAUUUUACUGAAGCGCACUUUCUACCGCCACUUUCAACUUCUGCAGUCUGAACUGAGUCCUGGUGUUUAAUUAUAAUGGCUGUCACUUUGCACACAGAUCUUGGAGAAAUAAAAAUCGAACUGUUCUGUGAACGAGCCCCAAGAUCCUGUGAGAACUUUCUCGCCCUGUGUGCCAGUGGAUUCUACAAUGGGUGCAUCUUCCAUCGAAACAUUAAAGGGUUUAUGGUUCAGACUGGAGAUCCUACAGGCACAGGAAAAGGAGGAACAAGUAUUUGGGGGAGGAAAUUUGAGGAUGAAUUUAGUGAACAUUUAAAACACAAUGUCCGGGGUGUGGUUGCAAUGGCAAACAAUGGACCAAAUACGAAUGCAUCCCAGUUCUACUUCACCUACGCCAAGCAGCCGCACUUGGAUAUGAAAUACACUGUGUUUGGAAAAAUAAUCGACGGCUUGGAAACUCUGGACGAAUUGGAGAAACUUCCAGUUAAUGAAAAGACUUUUCGACCUUUAAAUGAUGUUCACAUUAAGGAUGUUACUAUCCAUGCCAAUCCAUUUGCAGUUUGAUGGUCUUCAUGUUUAGAGACUGUGUGAUGUUUGUGACUGACGGUAUAUGCCUGUAUGAUGUCAAUCUUGUGGUGGUGUCAGGUAUUUGUACAGAGUAUUUUCAACUUUUUAAACAUUGUACAUUUUAUAUUGUUACUUUUCUUUAUCUGAUUUUUACUUGAAAUUCUUUAGUUUUCUGCUUAAAACUGUACAAAUAUUAAACGAGUAAAUCAAUGGA